ACCUUGUUUCUUCUAUCCUUCAUUUUUGGAAUCCUGUAUAUUCUUCACAGAACAGGGAGGAAGAAAGAAAACUUGCCCACUCUUGAAACACGAAACAAUAAUCUUUUUGAAAUAUGGAGCUACGAUGGGAAAAUGGUCUACGAGAAUAUCAUCGAAGCAACAGAGGAAUUUCACUCAAAAUAUUGCAUUGGAGAGGGAGGCAGUGGAAGUGUUUACAAGGUAGAGUUAAGAACCAGUCAGGUUGUUGCUGUGAAGAAGCUUCAUGCAAAUACCAACAGUGAGAUGUCUCAUCAAAAAGCUUUUACAAGGGAGAUUGAUACUCUAGCACAGAUACGACAUCGUAACAUCGUGAAGCUAUAUGGAUUCUGUUCGCAUCCACGACACUCACUUUUGGUUUAUGAGUUCAUGGAAGGAGGAAGUCUGCAAAGUGUACUAAACAAUGAGGAAAAGGCAAGAGCUUUUGAUUGGAGUAAAAGAGUAAAUGUUGUUAAAGGUGUUGCAAAUGCCUUAUUGUAUAUGCACUUUGACUACUCACCACCUAUUAUCCAUCGAGAUAUAUCAAGCCAGAAUAUUCUUCUAAAUGAAGAACACAAUGAGGCUCAUGUUUCCGAUUUCGGAACAGCAAGAUUUCUAAAACCAGACUCAUCGAACUGGACAUCAUUUGCAGGAACUUUUGGAUAUGCUGCUCCAGAACUUCCAUAUACUAUGGAAGUGAAUGAGAAAUGCGAUGUUUAUAGUUUUGGAGUGGUGACCAUGGAAAUACUUAUGGGGAAGCAUCCUGGAAAUCUAAUAUCAUCAAUAUCAUCAUUCUCAUCAUGUACACUAGGCCAUGAUGAUGAAGUGGCACUCAAACUCAAGGAGAUUUUGGACCAACGGAUCUCAGCUCCAACAGAUGAUAAAGAAAUUGCUGGGGAAGUGGUUUGCCUUGCCAAGAUUGGACUCGCAUGCUUAAACGGCAAUCCAAGAUGCCGUCCAACAAUGAAAGAAAUUUCUCGUGAGAUGUCGACUCAAACUCAAAGGCUGUAUUAUUCAGAGUCAUUCCCUCAAAUUACAUUAGACCUACUAUGUGAUUAUCGUCCUAGUGCUUCCACUUCCUGAGUGCCUGCGUCUUCUGUUUUAUCAUGUAUUUCAUGCGCAUUUUAUAUGUUUCU